ACAAUUGACAGUUUGACACCUUGACACCUUGUUUGACAAUGUGUAUGUGGGAACUGUGGAAUCGCAAGUAAAACGUGUGAAAUUAAAAAUAAAUCAUGGAUUACCAAUACGAGCAGGCGAGCGAGGUGGAAGCUUUAGACUCUAUUUAUUAUGGAGAUAUGCAAAUUAUUGAAACAAAACCCUUCCACAAGUUUAGUAUACCUAUCAAAUCGGAAGGGUUUGAUGAAGGAGAAGGGCUCGCGUGUCAACUAGUCUUUACAUACACAGCCAAGUACCCAGAUGAGGUACCCGUUAUUGAAAUAGAGGAUGAAGAAAACUUUGAUGAUGUAGUGGAUAAAGAUGAGCUGCUCUCACAUUUAACAGAACAGGUAAUGACUUCACUACUCUAUGUAAAACAUAGAAUAUAAAAAAUUUUCAUUGAA